CCUCUCCCCGCCUUGGGGUGUAGACCACGCUGGUGCAGCUUCCCGUGGUUUAGUGCGUCACUCGCGGAGCGAGUACUGCCCGGGCUACAUGGCUCGGAAGCGCUCAGCCAGCAGGGAGCUGCGGGGACGCGAACUGCGCAGCCAGAAGGCCAAGGGCGAGAGCACGGCUGGGCGUGAGGAGAAGGAGGAGGAUAUCUUUGAAGAUGAGAAACCCCCAAAGAAGAGACUGCUCUCAAAAGUCUCACAAGGAAAGAGGAAGAAGGGCUGCAGUGAUCCUGGGGGCCCAGCAGAUGGUCCAGCAAAAAAGAAAGUGACCAAAGUGACUGUUAAAUCUGAAAACCUCAAGGUUAUAAAAGAUGAAGCCUUCAGUGAUGAGGAAGAUUUCAGGGACUUUACAAAUGCCUGUAAGAAGGUACACCCUCCAAAGAGAGAGGCUGCCAUGGACAAAGACAGCCAUGAAGGAGACGACGAGGAGGAAAGUGAAGAGGACUGGGAAGAGGUAGAAGAACUUAGUGAGCCUGUGCCAGGUGACGCGGGAGAAAAUGCAGCCUUCUCUCAAUCUGCCCUGCCUGUGAAACCAGUGGAGAUCGAGAUUGAAACACCAGAGCAGGCGAAAGCAAGAGAAAGAAGUGAAAGGAUAAAAAUGGAGUUUGAGACAAGUCUUCGGAGGCUGAUGAAACGUUUCAAUAAAGAAGUCCAUGAGGACACACACAAGGUUCACCUUCUGUGCCUGCUAGCAAAUGGCUUCUAUCGAAAUAACAUCUGUAACCAGCCCGAUUUGCACGCUAUUGGUCUCUCCAUCAUCCACUGCAGCCUACGCCGUCGCCGGCGACUCACGAUAUUUUUACUGAUUCUCCGGGUCCUGCAGCUCCCAACCCGACUGGUAUUGUCUCUACAGCCAAUUCCUUUGAAGUUAUCAGCAACCAAGGGGAAGAAACCAUCUAAAGAGAGAUCCACAGAGGGUCCUGGAGGCUCCUCAGAAACUUCCAGCCAAGUGUCAGAAAACCACACGAAACCAAACACCAGCAGCGAAAUCAGACAAGAGGACACCUCUUCUAAGGGCACUGGCAGUCCAAGUGCCAAAGGGAGGAGGGGCAAAGCAGCUGCUGUUGGGAAGAAACGGAGAGAGCCCUCCUCCAGUGAGGAAGAAGAGGGCAAGGCAGGAGAGCAGGAGAAGGAAAUCCAGAGACCUGCACGUGGCCGGGAGCGGCGGGUGGCCUCCAGGGUGUCUUACAAAGAGGAGAGUGCGAGUGACAAGGCCAGCAACGGCUCUGACUUUGAGCUCUCUGGUGGGGAAGCCCAUCAUCCAUCAGAUGAGGAUUCUGAGCCUGGACCUUCGAGACAGAGGAAGGCCCCUCAGAGGACAAAGACAGGGCCCAAAAGUGACUCCAGGACCCAACGUGGAAGCCACCCUAAGCACCCAGCGGCAUCCAGAAGCUCUUCAAGCAGUAAGAGUAAGAGAAGCAAGAAAACAUCCAGUGAUGGUGAGCAGGCAGAAGGAGGAAAAGCAGCGGGUGUAAACCAGUGGCUAGAGGUGUUCUGUGAGCAGGAAGAAAAGUGGAUGUGUGUGGACUGUGUGCACGGUGUGGUGGGUCAGCCUCUGACAUGUUACAGAUACGCCACCAAGCCCAUGACCUACGUCGUGGGCAUUGACAAUAAUGGCUGGGUCCGGGAUGUCACCCAGAGGUAUGACCCAUCUUGGAUGACAGUGACCCGCAAGUGCCGGGUUGAUGCCAAGUGGUGGGCUGAAACCUUGAGACCCUAUCAGAGCCCACUGGUGGACAGGGAGAAGAAAGAAGACUUGGAGUUUCAGGCAAAGCACCUGGGCCAGCCUUUGCCCACUGUCAUUGGCACAUAUAAGAACCACCCUCUGUACGCCCUGAAGAGGCAUCUCCUGAAGUAUGAGGCCAUCUAUCCUGAGACAGCGGCGAUCAUUGGGUAUUGUCGUGGAGAAGCUGUCUACUCCAGGGAUUGCGUGCAUACUCUGCACUCCAAGGACACGUGGCUGAAACAAGGAAGAGUGGUGAGGCUUGGAGAAGUGCCCUACAAGAUGGUGAAAGGCUAUUCCAACCGGGCCCGGAAAGCCCGCCUCGCUGAGCCUCAGCUGCAGGACCACAACGACCUGGGCCUGUUUGGCGAGUGGCAAACAGAAGAGUACCAGCCGCCCGUGGCUGUGGACGGCAAGGUCCCCCGGAAUGAAUUUGGGAACGUGUACCUCUUCCUGCCCAGCAUGAUGCCUGUCGGCUGUGUCCAGCUGAAUCUGCCCAACCUGCACCGUGUGGCCCGUAAGCUGGACAUCGACUGUGUCCAGGCCAUCACUGGCUUCGAUUUCCAUAACGGCUACUCCCAUCCCGUAACUGACGGGUACAUAGUCUGCGAGGAAUACAAAGACGUGCUCCUGGCUGCCUGGGAAAAUGAGCAGGCGCUCAUUGAAAAGAAGGAGAAGGAGAAAAGGGAGAAGCGGGCUCUGGGGAACUGGAAGCUGCUGAUCAAAGGACUGCUCAUCAGGGAGAGGCUGAGGCUUCGCUAUGGGGCCGAGAAUGAAGCAGUAGCUCCCCACGCAAAUGUGGGAGGUGGA